AUGUCGCUUGCUCUCGCCCCUCUGCGCCAGGCUGGAGCGAAGCUGGCUGUUUCAUGCCAGCUUCGGCGGACCGCGGGCAGACUAAUUUACGCUUCCAUUCCACGAGCUAGUUACAGUGAUUCGACCGAAGCCUAUGCGGCUCCUAGGGCAUCGAGACAGAUUGUGAGGAAGAUCCCAUCUCCGCCUGUUAGGGAAUCAUCAACCACGGAAAAACCGCUCGUGCGGAUGCUCACAACACCUGACGCUCCGUCCAUUCGGUCAUUUGUCAUCUCCUCCAUCGAGUCUGCCACGGUAGGCGAUUUUGGAAAGGUGGUAGUCACAACCCCAAAUCAACAACUCGUUCACAUCGAUAGCAUUCGCUUGCGGGAUGCAUGUACCUGCCCCAAAUGCGUCGACCAAUCGUCAAGACAACGUGAGUUUCGCAUGUCCGAUAUACCCAGUGACAUCGCCGCACGUACUGUUGAGGUUCAAGAUGGCCAAUUGGUUGUGACAUGGAGCAAUGACAUUCCUGGUUAUGACGAAUCUCAUGUCUCAACAUUUUCCCCAGAGCAAUUGUCUACUCUGACCGCGGUUGAGAAAUUUUUCCGGGCCAAGGAGGGUCGUCGUACGUCAUGGAAUAAAUCUAUCAUGGACCAGAGCCAGCAUUGGGUAUCAUUCAAAGAUUACAUGGAGGACGAUUUACAAUUCUUCCUUGCCAUGCGUACUUUGAAACACCUGGGUUUAAUUUUUGUCAAGGAUAUCCCGGAGUCGCCUGAGAUGGUUGAGAAGAUUGCAACUCGCAUGGGCCCUCUGCGAAACUCUUUCUACGGCUCAACAUGGGAUGUGCGCAGUGUUCCAGAUGCCAAAAACGUUGCCUAUACCAACAAACAUCUUGACUUUCACAUGGACCUGUUAUAUAUGAAAGAGCCACCUGGAUACCAGUUGCUUCACUGCCUAAGAAACUCCUUUUCAGGCGGCGAAUCGCUUUUUUCAGACACUUUCCAGGCCGCGGUACGUUUGCUACGAAACGACCCCAUUCUAUUCGACAUUCUCUGCAAAACUCCCACCCGUUUUGAGUACAAGAACAAUAACCAGCAUUACCAAUAUUCCCACCCUACAAUCGAGAUCGAGGGUGGAGAGGAAUUCCUCAAAAACCCACCCAAGAAAAACCCCGUCCCUUACGUCAACUACGUUAACUACUCCCCGCCAUUCCAAGCACCCUCCUACCUCACAAAGCAUCUAGUUGACGGUCGAGAUAUAAAACUCUACGUCAGAGCCAUGAAAGCCUUUGCGGCUGAGCUUGGCAAGCCAGAAAACAUAUUCCAAGUUAAACUGGAGCCAGGCCAAUGCGUAAUAUUCCAAAAUCGCCGCGUGGUGCAUGCGAGGAACGCAUUUGACCUUUCUGGGACAGGUCAUGGGGACAACGGCGGCGAACGGUGGCUGCGUGGUGCGUAUGUGGAUGAGGAUGCGUUGAGGUCGACGUUCCGCCUGUUAAGCGAACGGGACUACUUCAGUUGGAUCAACCACCCCACGCGCAAACUUGUGGAGGAUAUGCAUUCACGGAAUGUGCAGGCUGCGACGGAGGAUGCCAAUGGAGUUAAGGAUCAAAAUCAAGGCGACCAGCGGGCAGGAAUUCAGGGCCUCGCGUCAUUACUUCCGUAGAUCAUUUUUUGAAAGAGAAGUUGAUUGUCAAAAUCUGGAUAUAUUUAGUUAUUACUGUGACAUGUGUCAUCCAGACUCCGAUCGGGCCAUUUUUGAUUUUUGAUUUUCGUUUCAGACCCGAAUCUUCUAUUCCCGUCGGCGGAGUAGUGAAUACGCAAUAAGUAAGGAGCCAGGAAUUGUGAUAUUUGAAAUUCUCAUACCUGCGAUUGCGCACUGUACUUUACUCGAUCUUUUUGUUCUCCCUUCCAGUGGUAUUUGCAUAUGAUUGUCAAUCUCUCCAUGCUUCCAUUGAUUUUGUAUUAUUAUAUGAUCUUGGGCUUUGUGACCUCAUGCGUUAUAUCUAU